AUAUUCAACGCUAUCUGGUACUAUCUACCGAGUUUCAUCGGCCGGUAACUUCAGUUAGCCGAUUUAUGUCGCAAAAAGGUCCCGUCCUUUCACGCGCAAUCCGUGAUUCGCAUUUAUCCCCAAUUUCAUUGCAAACCCUAGCCAGAUCUGGUUAGCCCAGCGAAGUAUGAACCCACUUGCAUUGCUGCGUUAAGCGCCGCGCUUGAAUCACUGGUAUUUGGCAUUAAGGGAUUGCGUAGUUUGCAGAUCCUUGUUCAAGCUGCCUGGUAAUAUCAUGGGCUGCCGUGAUAGUUUAGCUGGUGGAAAUCAUGUCAAAUCGGACCCCCGGUAUGCGUGGAACGUAAGGUCGUCGCCGGGUACCCGUACCUAAGCAUUGGUGAAUAACCGGUAGGUCCCACUUCGUAUCCAUAGUUCCAAUACCCCUCCUUCGAACGUACGACAAUUUCUCGAGACAUCUUCACACCCAAACGAACGACGAUAGCAAUAUGAGCGCGCGACCUAAUGUCGCUCCACACAACGGGAAGGAAACGGUGGUGAUUAUAGGAGCGGGAUCGACUGGCCUAUGUACUGCUCUCAAUCUUGCUCUCGACACGAAUCCUGGAAGUCGGAAAAUCGCCGUAUUCGAAACCCUGCCUAAUCAGUUCGAGGCAACCUCGGGGUCCUGCACUGGAUGUCUUCACCAUGACUUCCGCGGGCUUGACCACGAAAAACUAGUUGAAUUAGGGAAAUUGUCAUGGAACCUAUGGCAGAAGGUCGCAGAGGGUGAAAAGUUCAGGAUCGACGCAGGUUAUAAACCUAACUGUUUCUUUGAUAUGGAACAUGGCCAUGGCAUAGGGUUGGGUGAGCUCCCAGACUGGUUUCGCUUCAAAUCGUCUUGGAAUGCGGAUAGAGAUCAAGGUCCGAAUGCUUUAGUAAAUCCCAAAGGCAUUGGGGAUUGGUUAUAUUCUGAAUGCUACCGACUUGGCGUGGAUAUGUGGUUUGGCGCUACUGUAACCGCGGUUGAGCUGUCUCCAAGCAACGAAGUUAAAUCCGUCACCUACGAGAAGGAUGGUGCCUUAAUGCGACUGGAAUGCCAGUCUCUAGUCGUUGCUGCUGGACCUUGGACGCCGACCUUAUAUUCCAAGCUCUUCCCCGCAUCAUCAAUCAAACUCAAGUCCGCACUAAAUGCAGGGGACUGGAUAAUAUUCCGUAAUCCAUGUCCGAAGACUGAGAAGAUGGUUGCGUUCGUUGCUUUGAACAACGUCCUUGGUAAAAAGCUUGAGUUUGCCGGUCGCCAUGAUAACACCAUAUGGAUGACCGGACCGGUUGAAGACGACGCAAUACUCCCACCUUUAGGCGAAGUCGCUAUCCCGACUAAGGCAAAAGAAAAUAUGCUUGUGAACUACGCUCGGGAGUAUUUGGCGCAGGUCUGUACCAGCAGUGGCAGUCCUCCGUCAACAUUGGACGUAGUUAGCAAGGGACGGGCCAUUCGACCAGCAACCAACACUAUCCUCCCUAUAAUCUCGAAGGUUGAUGCAAAAGAUUUGUUGAAUUCCGACGUCCUCUUUGAAAAUUCAAGCGGUGUGUUUGUUUCAUGGGGACAUGGGUCUUAUGGCUUGACCCUAGGUAUGGGUACGGGGAAGGUUAUGAGCGAGUUGAUUUUGGGUAGGAAGCCUAGUGUCGAUAUGUCGAUUUUUGAUAUUUCUCGGGAUAGGGCUGCUUAGUGUCGAGUAGCAUGUUCUAUCGAUAUAUAACGAAGCCCUCCCUGCUUUAAUGAUUUCUGGCCGUAGAAUAAGUCUAGCUAGCUAGCCACUUUGGAAGUCGUCUUUAUCAUGCGGCUUGAUGCGAUUACCUUCGGGUACUACCUUGGUACUAAAGAAGGCAGGAAGCAGAUUCGAUCAUGAGGCAUAGACAAGGGAAGCGGACCCGUUUCAAAGCUAAUCAUUGAGGAGUUUGAAUCAAUAUGCGGACGCUGAUAUCAAGCCAUCCAUGAAAUAUUAGGUAUCUACGGCAGGAAGAGGGUGAGAGUGAAGUUAAAUCGAUUCAAUCGGGCCGGCUUUGGGGGGGUACAGAAAAAAUAUACCUAUCUAGAUACCUAAAGAGGCGACCUAUUGGCAAGGGCGUAUAUAUAUGGCUUAGUUUUUACUAGGGUCAGGUAUAUGAUGGAGGUAGGUACUUAGCCUGAGGUGUGGAUCAUACACCUAAGGUACCUAUUGGUCUCCAUAGUUGUUAUCCAAAUAAAAAUGUCA